GAGAGUGGUACAAUCACAAAACAGCUCCAAUGGCUUCAAGAUGUUCGUGGAAUGUCCACUAUGGCGGAGGGGGAUAAUAGAGCCUCACACGGUUAGGCCGACUUUACGGAACCGAGUCAACCUCGGCGGCCAAGUUGUGAAAAGACCGUGGUCAUCUCAGUUUUCUGGUCCUCAUCGCUUGACCAGAAAAGCUUGCAACGAGAGGAGUCGUGCACUCAAGACUCGGUAAAGAUCUUCUCGACCUGAGAGAAAUCGAAUAGGUUUCCUAAGAUGGCUUCUAAGGAUCAGAAGCAGGGUGGUGGAUUUUUCUCUUCCAUCGCUUCUAGCUUGUCCAACUUCGGAAACGCGAUGCACAAAUCUGUCAAUGGGUUGCUUGGUUACGAGGGACUGGAAGUUGUAAAUCCAGAAGGAGCUGCAGAAGAUGCGGAGGAGGAAGCUCAGAGGGGAAGAUGGAAGCAGGAGGAUAGAGACGGUUACUGGAAGAUGAUGCAAAAGUAUAUAGGAUCAGAUGUUACAUCGAUGGUAACACUUCCAGUCCUUAUUUUUGAGCCAACGACAAUGCUUCAGAGAAUGGCAGAGUUAAUGGAGUACUCCUAUUUGUUAGAUCAGGCUGAUGAAUGUGAGGAUCCCUACGUGCGGUUGGUUUAUGCUUCAUCAUGGUUCAUAUCUGUAUACUUUGCUUACCAACGAAUGUGGAAACCUUUUAAUCCCAUACUUGGCGAGACUUAUGAAAUGGUUAAUCAUGGAGGCAUAACUUUCAUUGCAGAGCAGGUGUGUCAUCAUCCUCCAAUGGGUGCUGGGCAUGCAGAAAAUGAACAUUUUACAUAUGAUCUGACAUCCAAACUGAAGACUAAAUUUUUAGGAAAUUCAGUUGACAUCUAUCCUCUUGGAAGGACACGUGUGAUCCUUAAAAGAGAUGGUGUAGUCCUGGAUUUGGUGCCUCCUCCCACUAAAGUAAACAACCUUAUAUUUGGAAGGACCUGGGCUGAUUCACCAGGGGAGAUGAUUUUGACAAACUUGACAACUGGGGACAAAGUUGUUUUAUAUUUUCAACCAUGCGGCUGGUUUGGGUAUGGAUCUAUUACUACCUUUCAUGGUGGAUUUGAUUUCUUUUUAACUUAAUGUAGCUAGAGUAAU